CCCCCGCCUUUCACGUGCCUUGGCAGAUACAGCAGGCGCAUUCACCCCACACAAGCAUAACCUCACACCCACACACACACAUCCACACAUCUGACGAUGACGGCGACAGACGCGACGGAGCUGCCACCUGUGGACGAGCGCCUGGUGAUUGAGGAAGGAGACACACAGAAGGUGAUUGAGGUGGUCGAGGAAGACGGCAAGCGGUUCAAGCAGACGACAGUGUACAACGUUGUGCGCGAGGAAGUGAAGAUGCCCUCGCGCGUGUUGGCGCGGCGGUCGUGGGCCAAGUUUGGCAAGUCCGCGCGCGCGCCGCCUGGCCCGGAGCCCAUGACCACGUCCAUCAGCGAUGAGGUGUUCAUUGAAUUCACUGCCGCCAGAGAGGCUGAGGCCGCCGAGCAGCGCAAGCAGGAGGAGCAGCGCCAGAAGGCACAGCAGAUGAGCGUGCCAUACCGCCUUCCCGUGGCCCUGCGCCAGGAGAAGACGGAGGAGGAGAUGCCCAAGCGGCCACAGACCGGCGCGUACCGUGCACCGCGAACGCGUAACGGCGCCGCAUCUGCCUUCGAUGAGGAGCAGCCCAGCCUGCAGAUCACCAACCUGCCGCCCUGGACCACAGAUGACGAUUUGCGCGAUCUCUGCAACGCCAUCGCCCCCGUGCGCCGCGUGUUCCUUGCCAAGGACAAGCGCACUGGCGACGCCAAGGGCUUUGCAUAUGUCGACUUCAACAUGCGCCAGGAUGCUGCAACGGCGCUGGAGAAACUGGACGGCCACCGCUAUGGCCCCUCUGUGCUUUCGUGCGAGUGGGCCAAGCCCAGGAGGAAAUAGGUCCUUUUCGUGCUUGUUCUGAUGUUCUGUGCAUGUAUGUGUGCAUGUAUGUGUGUGUGUGUGUCUGUGUGUGUGUGUGAUUGUGACUAUGUGUGCUUUCGUGUGUCUGUGUGUCUGUGUGUGCGUACGUGUGUGUUCUGUUGUGCGCUGAUUCGCGGCGGUGUUGCGCGCGUGAGUUGAUGCGCAUUGACGUUGUCCUGCCAUGUGGCUCGACAGCAUACACUCCCUUUGUGUUGUCGAUGCACGGUGAUGGUGAUUCGUGUGGGUUUUGCAGCAAGCUGUUGGUUCUUUACUUUACCCCUCUUCCUCCUCUUCACUGUGCACUUAACAACCCAACCCCCCUCUUUCGCUGAUUGCUCCCUCCACACCAUCCAUGAUUCACUACUGAGAUUACACAUUUUAAGGAGUGAUGUGACAUGAGACCCUUGGCACAACUGUCAACACAGGUGACCUGAUUACACACACACACACACAUUGAGAGCAUGCGUGCAUGUGCACGCACAUACAAGACAAUUGCC